AUGCUGUGUUUGCGUCCCUUACCGGCCUUCCAGUCUAGCCCCUUGCCCUUCAAGAGCACCCGGCAACAUGGCCUCCCAUCUGUCGCCUCGCGCCGCCCAUCCCAACUAAAGAUGGUCGCCAGUCGCGAGCGUUCCCGCCGCGCGCCUGUCGCUCAGUCCAACCGCAAUGGUUCUCUUCCGACAGGCCGCGUCAAAGUUAUCAUCGAGGCGCCCGCUCCCAACAGGAGACACAUUUCCGCCAGCAACCUUAUCCAAGCCCCUCUGGAAAUAGUCUGGGAACUCCUCAGCGACUAUGAUCGCCUCGCCGACCACAUUCCCAACCUCGCCCUCAGCAACCUCAAGGCACACCCGAGAAAUGGUAUCCGAGUCGAGCAGUGCGGUUCCCAGAAAAUCUUGGGCUUUGAAUUUCGCGCUAGCUUGACCAUGGACAUGACCGAAGUAAAUCGCACCUCCAGCGAUUGGAGAGCCAUCGAGUUUGACCUUGUUUCCAGUAGAGAUUUCAACAAGUUCGAGGGGGUUUGGAGGAUGGAGAGAGUCGACCAAAAUCGGACUGCUUUGUACUAUAACGUAAGUAUCGUGCCCCGAGGUUUGGUUCCUGUUCGCGCAAUCGAGUGGCGCAUCUCGGAAGACGUACCGGGAAAUAUGAACGCUGUGCGGACGGAAUGCGAGAGGAGACGGCGGAAUCGCACUGCCCAAAGACUCCAAGACGAUGUUGUUCAGGCGAAACGGCUAGAGUCAUAGAUUUCUUCACCUGCCCAUCCCAUAGAGUAUCGAUUUUGCGCCAACACAGAUACACUUGUUGAUCCUCUGAUGAAAGUGUAUACUUGCGUCCCACAGGUUCACAUCACUGGUGGCCGACAGGAGAGCUUUGGUGUGGUAGCAUGACCCAGACGGUGAAGCCACCAGGGGGUGUUCGCUUCAGCUGGAUAACGGAUACGUCAUGCCGUGGUUUGUCUACCGCAAAACAGUAUGCUGCAAGCGCAGUUCUGCCACACCGCAAAACUACUGCUUGUGCCAUGACUGUGUUGAAGGGCCCAACUAUCUAUUCGGAUAUGACUCGAGGACACUCGACGACUCAUUAAACUACAGUGUUUAUAGUUACCUCUCAAA